CAGACGGCGGGGGCGCGCAGGAACACGUGGAUCAUCCUACCAGAAGACAGAGACGGAGAUCCGCAGCGGCAGCAACACCAACAACAUGUCGUACAGCGCCAAAAUCGGACCAUCCAUCCUCAACAGCGACCUGGCGUGCCUGGCGUCCGAGUGCACGCGAAUGCUGGAGUGCGGCGCUGAUUAUCUGCACUUGGACGUCAUGGACGGGCACUUCGUCCCAAACAUCACCUUUGGCCAUCCGGUGGUGGAGUGUCUCAGGAAACAUCUGGGCCAGGCACCCUUUUUUGACAUGCACAUGAUGGUGUCCCGCCCAGAGCAGUGGGUGAAGCCGAUGGCCGCAGCAGGUGCCACUCAGUACACGUUUCAUCUGGAAGCCACGAGUAACGCCGGGGCAUUGAUUAAGGACAUUCGGGAGAGCAGCAUGAAGGUUGGGUUGGCAAUUAAACCCGGGACCACUGUGGAGGAGUUGGCACCUUGGGCCAGUCAAAUCGAUAUGGCACUGGUGAUGACGGUGGAGCCAGGAUUUGGUGGACAGAAGUUCAUGGAGGACAUGAUGCCCAAGGUCAGCUGGCUCAGGACGCAGUUCCCAUCGCUGGACAUUGAAGUGGACGGGGGCGUCGGACCGGACAGCAUUCACAAGUGUGCCGAGGCCGGAGCAAACAUGAUCGUGUCGGGCAGCGCCAUCAUGAGCAGCGACGACCCUCGCUCGGUCAUCAACUUCCUCCGCAACGCCUGCAUGGAGGCCAUCCAGAAGCGCUCACUCGACCGAUGAAGGGGCGGAGGCCGCCGCCCGCCGUGGACCUGCAGCGGUGCCCACCUUUCACUGUCCUGGAUGUUCGCCGACCACUGGCUGGCCACUCUGUCGUGACUUCCUGGACUCUUCACCCUCUUCUUGUGACCUGCAGAUGUGCGCCAGCACUGGCCACAAGGUGACGAGCUGCCCGUCGAUUCCUGGCGUAAGUUACAUCGCCCUCUUGUGUUCAGUCACCAGUCUCUGACGCCAACCCCGAAAUGCCAGAGGUUCACGCCUUCAGCUGGACGUUUCUCAAUAAACUUGACUUGGGUUUUC